UACACAACAACGUUCAGUGUUACCAACAAAUUAACUUCUUCUUUCAAUCAAUCACAGUUGGAGCUAGCUCAUGGUGGUUCAAGUUGCUUUGCUCAGAAUAUUUCACUUCAAGAAUGUUCAUCUCCAACACCCAACAAUGUUCCAGUCAACCCAUCAAGUGGUGUCUACAACACUCAAGCUAACUUCCAGUGUUCCCAUGGUUCAACUUUAUUUUAUUUAAAUGGAACAGCUGGAAACACUGCAACCAAAUGCCUUGCUACAGCAGAGUGGGAGAAUGAAAAGAUAGUUCAAUGUUUGACUGUGUCAUACAACGGGAUUGAGCUGAAAUUUUACGCUAUUCGAAAAACAUACGAGCAAGCCAAGACUGCUUGUGAGUCCGACAACGCCCAGCUAGUAGUGGUGAAGAGUCAAGCAAUGCAAGAUAUCAUCACUCCACACCUCGAUUCCACGAUUAGUUACAUUGCAUGGGGACAAUAUGAUUACAGUGUUGGUUAUUGGAUGGGGCUCAGGAAAUUAGCAGGUGCAAAUAUACACGACUACAAAGCUCUUGAUGGUACCACCUACGUCAACAAGCCCGCAUAUACAAACUGGAACAAUGUGGAACCGAACGCUCUGAAGUCUCAAUUAGCUUGUGCGUAUAUGUGUCCCUACAAUACUGUGUAUGGGAUAAAUAGAGCGUAUAAUCGGUUGAGCGACAAUGCGUUAUUUGAUGUUAGUAAAGGUGGCUGGUGGACCAAUUUCUGCACCCUGUACAAUUACUAUAUUUGUCAAAGAGCCUUCUGCGCAACGAACCCUUGUAUACAUGGAUCGUGUGUUGCUUUGGCGACAAGCUACAAAUGUAAUUGCGAUCCUGGUUACUCUGGAUCUCUGUGUGACGAUGAUCUAUGCUUCCCCCAGCCUUGUCAGAACGGUGGGAGUUGUAACAGAGUUCCCGGCAACUACACUUGUUCAUGCUUGAAUGGCUUUGUUGGAAGGAAUUGUGAAACAGGACAACCAACACCAACAACUCCCACAACUGGUGGUACUCCACCAACCAUCCCCGAUAACUUGGGUGUUAUAUUCGGAGCUGUGUUAGGUGUAGUGGGAGCUCUUAUAUUGAUCAUCAUUCUUGUUUAUCAUUUUUUUAUCAGACCAAACAAGAAAGAUGUAACUGUUGCUAUGCUCAAUCCCGAAAUACCUGGAUCUUUCAAACUACCACGUUAUGUUGAUAUCACCCUUCCACAAGAAGUGUCAUACGAAAACUUAAAAGAAGAAAAUAUUGAUCCAAGCUCAACAAAUUAUGAAAACAUGAGAAACAACGUAUCAGUUAAUCGAGAUGAAGAAGGUUAUGUUGAACUAAAGCAACUGGAUCCUUGUGGACAGGUUGUAACCAGUAGUGAGAAUGGUGGGUAUGAAACAGCCAUUGUUAGAGUGAACGAGGAACCAGAAUACGUGAGCAUUGCCCAACUUCCACAACCACUGUAUGAGCCUAUUAAUCCACUGCCCUGACAAAGUGGUGACU